CUUGGUUAACGGGUUUCAGAUGCGGUCUGUUCGGUCGUCUUUAAAUAGCCCGUCACAGUUUAACGUGUCAGAAAUGCCCCAAUUUUCUGUUGUUUUCUUCCGCUCUGUGCGGUGGGACGUUCACUAGCGCCCGGCCCACAUAUAUUUUAUUAGGCAACAGCGCUGCGCGAGCUGCUGGUGUCCACUUCCUGAAUUCACAGCAACAGGAGCCAACAAACAUCGCAACGUAUCACUUUGUCCCGAUAACCACAGUAGAAGACUCGGGUUUGAACUCCAGCACCGUCGGCCUGCGUGGACGAGUGUUGCCGCUGUGCCGUGAUGGUGGAGACUCCGGCUGUGUGUCUGUUUGAGGACAUCCAGUAUGAGGACAUCCAAGUUGAAGCGGCUGUCGGCAGAGGGACAUUUGGAGUUGUCUUCAAGGCUGUAUGGAAAGGAAAGGAUGUAGCAAUCAAGACCAUUGAGAGUGAGAAUGAAAGGAACGCUUUCCUUGUUGAGCUCCGCCAGCUCUCCCGAGUGAAUCACCCCAACAUUGUUAAGCUUUAUGGCUCCUGUGACAAUCCAGUGUGUCUGGUCAUGGAGUAUGCAGAAUGUGGCUCUUUAUAUAACCUCCUGCACAGUGCAGACCCACAGCCCCACUACACAGCAUCCCAUGCCAUGAGCUGGUGUCUGCAGUGUGCCCAGGGAGUUGCCUAUCUGCAUGCUAUGAAGCCAAAGGCCUUAAUUCAUCGGGACCUCAAACCGCCAAAUCUGCUCCUCGUGGGUCGUGGCACCGUGCUGAAGAUAUGUGACUUUGGAACAGCUUGUGAUAUUCAGACCUACAUGACCAACAAUAAAGGCAGUGCAGCCUGGAUGGCACCAGAGGUGUUUGAAGGCAGUAACUACAGUGAGAAGUGUGAUGUGUUCAGUUGGGGCAUUAUCUUGUGGGAGGUCAUCACACGCAAGAAACCCUUCGAUGAGAUUGGUGGCUCGGCGUUUUGUAUAAUGUGGGCUGUCCACAGAGGUACACGGCCUCCUCUGAUUAAAGACCUCCCAGAGCCCAUAGAGACUCUGAUGACCCGCUGCUGGGACAAGGAGCCCAGCCAGAGACCAUCCAUGGAGGAGGUCAAGAACACCAUGAGCCAUCUCAUGAAGUACUUCCCAGGCUCUGAUGAACCACUUAAGCUCUCUCACCAGUCUUCAGCCAACAGGAGUGGCUCCUCAUCAGCCACAAGCACAGGCUCGUAUGCUGACUACACCAUCAACAGCAACAGGAGUGAUGACAACACAGAACGCAGGAACUCCGUUGGCAGAGAAGAAACCCUCAAAAGCUUUGAAGCUAAAUUUCCACUCCAGUUCAAACCCUCAAAGACAGCCACAUUGCGUACUGGACUGUCCAGGGUGUCCAGUGUAGACAGCCAACCAGGACGCUCCCAAAGCCCCACCCACUGCACCAGCCCUACAACCACGACCGGCCAGUCAGAGCUGAGGAUGACAUUUAGUCCCACAGCUACCAAUGGUUUUGACAGCUCCAUUCCAAUGGCCUACCUGAAACUGGAUCACCAGUUGCAGCCCCUGAUUCCAUGUCCAAACUCCAAAGAGUCCAUGGCCGUGUUUGAACAGCACAUCAGAAUGGCUCAGGAGUAUCUUAAAGUCCAGUCUGAGAUCACUCACCUCGUUCUGAGAAAACAGGAGCUAAUGUCUGAGCUGGAGCAGGACCAGAGGGAGCAGCAGACUUCAUCUCGACUCAUCCAGGAACACAACAAGCUGCUGGAGGACAACAACAGCCUGUCUGCCUACUGCCAGGGCCUGAAGAGCAAACUGAGUCUGAUCAAGAGUCAGAACCAGCAGCACAGCUAGGACAGUCCACUUGUCAGUCUCCUCUGUGGUUUUUAAUCUCUUCUCUUCCCCCUUGACGCUUUCCCUGAAGGCUGAGAGGAAUCACUCCAUGAGCUGACCAUGAAGUAGGGAAACCCAUUAUCCAGAGAAAAUAACAUAUUUUACACACCAGUAAAUAAUGUAUCAAGACAUGAAAAAAAACUCAGUGAGUUUGGCCAUAUAUGUACAAAGCAAACUUUUAAAUUUCCUUGCACAAACACACCUGUUUGACUGCAAAGGGACAGUUCACUCAAGAAUCAAAAACACAUAUUUUUUCUCUUACCUAUAGUGCUAUGUAUCAGACUAGAUUGUUUUGAUGUGAGUUGCUGAGUGUUGGAGAUAUAAGCUGUAGAGUUAUCUUCCUUCUCUCCAAGAUAAUGGAUCUAGAUGGCACUCAUGUAGGAACUAUUUUCUUUCUAACGAACUACACCUGUCACCUGUAUCUCCGCACAGAAGGAAGCGUGCAUAUCCUAGGUAAGAGGAAAACUGGAUUUUUUAUUUUGGGGUGAACUGUCCCUUUAAAUAGAUUAAAAUCAGUAUUGAGUAUACGGCUAUACUUUAAAUCUUUGGGAGCUGUCCCUUUUAAAAUAUAUGUGAGCACCUUUUUUUUUACCUUAAGGUGAUGAGAUAAUUCAGUUCUGAGAUCAUGAGCCUGAAAAAUGAGUAGCCACCACGUCCUUUCUGGGUCUCCAUACUUCUUUUAUUUCACAGUGGUAUUGACAUGAUGGGACCAAGGUGAUUUACAUGGACUUGUAGUCUGAAAUGGACUUUCAUUGAAAAACCCUGAAGCUUCAGGUGUCAGAAGGUGACUUGCCUUUUAGCCAGUGAGUUUUAUUUUAUUGCAUUUUAUUUUUUUGAGUUGUUGAAAAGAAACUACACCUGUAAUUUGUAAAUUCUUACUUUUAUAUAUUCACUUUAUCAAACCCAUUGUAUUAUGUUGUAUGGAAAGAGGAAAGGCUCUGACAGUGUGGGCCGUAUCAUUUUAAACCAAUUUUUACUGUGAAUACAAGACUUAGCAAAGGAAAUGAGCUCUAGAGACGCGCUGCCUCGGAGCAAAAGAAAAGCUUUGUUGAAAGGCUGUUUGAAAUGAAAAUAACUGUAGAAUAAUGAACCUGGCAGACAUUUUAUCCAUCUGUUUAAUUUCUAAUUCCUUUACUUACUUUUUACACAGUUAUAUUUCACAGAAUUAUAUUAACAUUUCUUCUUCACUGCACUUAUUUGGGUCAAGGAAAUCUUGUGUUGUAGUCUCACUCUAGUUUUGCAGUUUCUAUGUCAGUGGGUUACUAUGGGAUGGAUUGUUGUUUUAAUGCAUUUCUUCAGAUGUUGCCUAAGGAUUGUUCUUGUACAGUUCAUUUUCUCAUCUCAGCUUAUUUUUUUAUAAAACGAUUCUCUUGUGAUUUUAAAAUGUACAGACUGCAAUUAUAUGCUUUUAGAAAGUAAAAACAAAGUUUGUAGUACA